AACUUAUUACGACGUUAGCUGUCAAAAUGUUUCUGUUUACUGGAGUGGUAUGUUUGGCCUUGGCUGUAACGGCCCAAUCAACUGCAAUCGACAAGGAUGCUAUCACUUCGCCUGUGUACGACUACCAUAGAAGAAUCGGUAUUCCUGAAGCUGAAAGAAUACGAAAAAAUGAAAUAUCAAAAAUUGCUGGAGGGUUUAUAAACGAUGUAACAGAAACCCCAUAUCAGGUUGGCAUCGUUGUUCAAAUCAUGUCAUUCUUCACGUCAGUAUGCGGGGGUUCCCUCAUAUCUUCCACUCGUGUGGUGACUGCGGCUCACUGCAGGGACGAUGGCGUGUUCAGCGCUCAGUUCUUCACCAUAGUCUUGGGGUCCAAUACACUAUUCAGUGGGGGAGUUCGUAUUGUGACUGAUGACGUUGUGGUCCAUCCGAACUGGCAAGCAAUCACCAUUUCUAAUGACAUCGCAGUUGUGCGAAUUGAACCCGUUACAUUUACUGAAUCGAUUCAGCCUAUCAACCUCCCCAUUGGCAGCGAGCUCUUGUACGACUACACUGACUGGACAGCUGUUGCUUCUGGCUUUGGCGUCAUUGCUCCUGGUUCACCGAUUGAAAAUGAACAGCCGAUCAGAUCGGUAAUCUUGUCCGUCAUUUCAAACCAGGAAUGUAAGGCUACAUUCGGCAGCUUUGUGCUUCCUUCCACUAUUUGCACCAGCGGGGCGGGAGGAAAAGGAACUUGCUCGGGCGACUCUGGUGGACCUCUUGUCGUCCAUAGUGCUAGAACCUACUUGAUAGGUGUGACGUCUUUCGGCUCAAGUCGCGGGUGCAAUAUGGGCUACCCAUCCGCCUACGCCAGAGUUACAUCCUACGUCGACUGGAUUCAAUCUCAAUAAUAUUAAUUUACUAAUUGUUUUUUUAUGAGUAGUUAUUUAGUUUUUAGUGAACUGUAAAUAAACUCAGUAUUGUUAUGA